AUAUGUAUUUCAUAUGAACACUAUGUCAAACAUGAAUAAAAAAGAAAUGUAUGAAAACAGGAGAUUUCAUCAUCCUUAUGAACCUUAUAAGAUCCAAAUUGAGUUUAUGGAAGCGUUGUAUUCAACAGUUGAAGCGGGAGGAAUUGGUAUCUUUGAGUCGCCUACAGGAACAGUAGGUUGAGAGGGCAUAAGAGGAGAAAGUAAAGAUGACAGGGAAAAUCAUUGAGUAUUAUCUGUGGAGCAAUGGAAUGGCUUAGAAAACAUGAGGAAUUAUUAGUAAUUGAAGGGGAGAAUGAUGAGCCAGAAUGGAUUAUUAAAUAUGAAAUUGAAAAGAAAAAAGAAAUAAUUAAAGAAAGAAAAAGGGAAAUAGAGGAUAGAUUAGAGAAGAUUAGGAAGGAGGAGAUAAGUAGAAUGAAAUUGGCAAAAAACAGGGAAAAUUUUAUCAAAAAAAAGCGACUAGACAAAAAAAAGGAUAUAAAUGAGGAAUUGGAAGAUGAAAACUUUUUAGUAGAUGAUUAUAAUAGUGAUGAAGAAUUUCCAGGGACAAUUCAUGUAAAAUCUAUUGAUAGUAAUAACUUUUCGCCUCAAGUAUUACAAUUAUUACAAAAACUUGAAUAUCGGAAUGAAAAUAGUAGUUUUUUAGAUGAAGAGGAAUAUCCAGAGGAAACUAAGAUUAUCUAUGCAUCACGAACACAUUCUCAAUUGACACAAUUUAUUAAUGAGCUACGACGUGUUUCAUUUCCAUCUACAUUUGAAGAAGAUAAUAUACAACCAAUAAAACAUAUUACAUUGGCAUCACGUAAGAAUCUAUGUAUCAAUUCUAAAGUUUUAAAACUAUCUGAUAUUAAUUCAAUAAAUGAGAAAUGCAUUGAGCUUCAGAAGCAUGAAACUACAGAACAAGGUAGAUGUAAAUAUCUUCCCAAAAAUGAUAAGACAAAAAUACACAAUUUUAGGGAUCAUGCAUUAGCUAAUAUUCGUGACAUUGAAGAUCUUGUCUCAUUAGGUCAAGAAUUAGAAAUAUGUCCAUAUUAUUCAUCAAGAACUGCUCUUAAACUUGCAGAGAUAAUUACAUUGCCAUAUCCUCUUCUUUUACAAGCAUCUGCUCGUGAAGCACUCAAUAUAUCUCUUAAAGAUCAUAUAGUUAUUAUAGAUGAGGCACACAAUUUAAUAGAUGCUAUAACAUCAAUACAUUCAAGUACAAUAACAUUAGAUCAAGUUUCAUUAGCAUUGGAUCAAAUCAAUGGUUAUCUUUCUAAAUUUAAUAAAAGACUUAAAGGAAAAAAUAAGGUUUACAUAAAGCAAAUAAUAAAAUUGCUACAAAACAUAAAUGAUUUUAUGAAGCAAAAAUCUGAUAUUGUCGGGGACAUUCAAGUUAAACAAUCUGAGUUACUAUUUUCUGGGGGAGCAGAUCAAGUAAACAUAUAUAAAUUAGAAAAAUACAUAAAAAAUAGUGGAUUGGCCAGGAAAAUAGAUAGUUAUUUUGAAAAAACAUCUAGGAAUCUAUCAGGAGAGAAAAAAGACAACGAAAAUAGUAAUAUACCCAAAUUACCAGUCCUUUCUCAUAUCCAAACAUUUCUUUUAAACUUAACAAAUCCUUUUACAGAAGGAAAGCUAUUUUUUGGACAUAUAGAAGAAGCCAAAAUUAACAACAAAACAAAAACAAACUGUUAUUUAAAAUAUCUACUUCUUAAUCCAUGUCAUUAUUUUAAAGAAAUAGUUGAUGAAGCAAAAGCAGUAAUUCUUGCAGGUGGAACAAUGGAACCAAUGGAUGAUUUCAUUUAUCAACUUUUCCCUUACAUGCCAAAAGAAAAGAUACAUAAAUUUUCAUGUGGACAUAUUAUAUCACCAAAUAAUUUAUGUGCUAUAGUAAUAUCUACAGGGCCUAGCAGAAAAGAAUUCAUAUUCAAUUAUGAAAAAAGGAACAAUAAUGAUAUGUUAAACGAACUUGGCAGUACUUUAAUAAAUUUAUGUAGAGUUAUACCAGAUGGAGUUAUUUGUUUUUUUCCAAGUUAUGAUUAUUUAGAAAAUAUAAUUAAAAAAUGGACUAUAAAGCAAGAAGGUGCAAAGUUUUCUAUAUGGGAAAGACUUGAACAAAAAAAAAGAAUUUUUAAAGAAGAACGGUUUUCAACAAAUAUUGAAAAUAUAUUACAAAGUUAUUCAAAUGCAAUUGAUUCCUCAAAUACUUCAACAUGCAAUGGCGCUCUUCUUUUAUCUGUCGUCAAUGGCAAAUUAUCUGAAGGAAUCAAUUUUUCUGAUAAACUUGGACGAGGCGUAAUUAUUAUAGGCCUUCCUUUCCCAAAUAAUCAAACCGCCGAAUGGAAAGCUAAACUAGAAUUUAUUGAAAAUAACUUUCGUCAAUAUUCUAAACAUAAUCCAGAUACUCAAAAAACUUCAAUUGAUGAAUCUCUUAAAUAUAUUAAAAAAGAAUACUAUGAAAACAUUUGCAUGCGUUCUGUCAAUCAAUCUAUAGGAAGAGCUAUAAGACAUCAAAAUGAUUAUGCUGCUAUCAUUUUUAUAGAUAAACGUUAUGAAUCUCAACAAAUACGCAACAAAAUUCCUAAAUGGAUAAAUGAUAAUAUCAUUCCAACAAAUAUCACAAUUAAUAACAAUUUUGGUUUAUCUUUAAAAUAUAUCACUGACUUCUUCUUCAAAAAAAAAUAACUUUUAUUUCUAUUCAGCAAUUCUCAAACAAAAUACAACAUAUCAC